AUGGGUUUUGCUAGCACAGCUUUAGUUUUUAUUGUUGUUAUGGUUGCAGCUUUUAAUGUUUCUUCAUCAAUGGCUGCAACUUAUGAUGUUGGUGACACUUCUGGUUGGACCACCAUGGGUAAUAUCGAUUACAAUAAGUGGUCUUCCUCUAAAUCUAUUCACGUUGGAGACACAAUCCGUUUUGUCUACAAUCCAAAAUACCAUAAUGUCUUGCAAGUGACAUCUCAAGAUUAUGAAUCGUGUACCACAACAUCUCCAUUAGCUACCUACACUACAGGGAAUGACUCAGUUCAGAUAAAGGGCGAUGAUACUCACUACUAUUUCAUCUGCGGUUUCCCUGGUCACUGCAAGAUUGGUCAGAAGGUUGCCAUUCAAGUUUCUACUUCUAUCGGACAAGCAGCCAAGAGGCGAUCUAGUUGUUAUUCAGAUCCUUGCACUUCAAAUCCUACACCUUCAUUUCCCAGAACCCCUUCAUUUCCAACUCCUUCGUUUCAAACCCCUUUCAAUCGCCCCCCACCUUCAUCUAUGAUAUUUAGUCCACCCACAACUACAUCUUCUGCAUCUAAAUUUCUUUCCAACAGUCUUUUUGUCGGUUUAUCAGGUGCCACUGUCAUGUUUCUUAUGCAUUAG